AGUCAGCUCAAGAAACAAAAUUCAUCUCCUAGCUCUCCCAAGAAUCCAAAUCUCAUUCUGAUCGUGUUACUGUAGCCACGUAUAAUUGAAGUUAUAUUUCUACUUCAACAAGCAAUUUUCUCACACUGGAUAUAUUUUUCGCAAAUAUGCUUGUUUAGUGUUCGAAUUUAGCCGUGAAAAACCGUGAGACAACAUUUCAACGAGAUAUACUCCGAGUAUAAAUUGUGCCAACCUCCGUCACAACACUUCGCUACACUCCCGCUCGGUUCGUGUUGGUGCGUGUUCAUUCAUAAAAUUCCGCAAAACACAAAGCACAACUAGGCGGACCGAAAAAAAAACAUCAAAGAGCAUCAGUCCGUCCAAGCGAAAGGAAAUCCAACGUCAAAAAGCGCUCGCUGCCCCUGCUUGCUCGGUGUGUGUGUUUCUUUUCGUCGCACUCUUUCAUGGGAAGAUGGCUAAGCAAGUGGAGGAAUUUUAUCUCGCGUAAAAUGUGAAAAUUUCGUUGGUUUGCGGUGAAAAUCGGUAUCACAAGGUGCACGCAAUCACGAGUUCAAGUGGUGUCGGAUGUAAUCGGUUAAGAAUUGAAAGUGAAGCAUCGUUUUACAUGGCGUAAUCUGCGGAUGAAAAUCGGCUAGGGUGGCAUCAAAUUAGUCACCCUUCGAGAGGAGGAAUCACGAGAGAUUGGAGUUCUUUUUUUUUCUAUUCCGUCUCGUCUCUAUCAAAUAAAACAUCAGCAGCAGCAGCAGUCCAGUGCAAAGUGGAAUUCGAAAACAGUUGUGAUCGCCAGUAAGGCGAGGGUUAGCGCUCGGUGAAAAUGGCUUACAUCAAUGUGGCCGAAUGGAGCAGUGAUCAGGUCACUGAUUGGUUGAAAGGCCUCGAUAACUCGAUGUACCAUUAUGUGCAAUCCUUCACCAACAAUGAAGUGGGCGGCAAACAGCUUCUCAACAUACGGCCCUACGAACUGGAGCAGCUCGGGAUGUGCUCGAUUGGACACCAGGAAAUUGUGCUGGAGGCGGUGGAGUAUCUGAAAAAUUUCAACUACAAUCUGGACAAGGAAAAUUUGCAGUUUUUGGCGCUACAUGUUGCAUCGGCAUCCCGGUCGUUGUGUAAGCAACUUGAAUACACGGAUCAGACCAAACUGGAGACGCAAAUCUUGAAGGAUAUUACUCGUACUAAUGCGGCGUUAAAGCCGCUAAUUGGAUGGCUAGACCGGGCCCCUUUCAGAGGUCAGUUACGCUUUGAUGAACUGCGGAAACAAAUAAUGAAGCUUGGUCUGGAAAUGGCAACGAUGGCCAUGCGGGAUAGAUUCUCGGUUAAACCAGUGGAAACGAUUCACAUCGUGGCGGACAAGAUGGCAAAAAUUGCCGAUUACAUCAUUCAGGACAUAUCAGACCCCAUGAUUCUGCAGCCGGCUUCGCUCGAUCUUGUAACCCUCAAAAAGCGAGAGUCGGAUCUGGGAUUUUUGGUGAUGCCAAGCUUGAACGGCAUUCACAGAAUCGCGGAAAUCAAAUUCAAUUCUCCGGCACACAACUCGGGCAAGGUGGAGGAAGGCGAUGAAAUUGUGCAAAUUAAUUACCAAACCGUUGUCGGAUGGGAGUACAAAAAAGUGCUCGUACAGUUGCAGGAGUCGCCACCAGAUGUUCUUCUAACACUGAAGAAGCGCCCGAAACACACUAAAAUCUACGGCCAAAUAUACAUCAAACCCUACCGAUUGCCCAGCAAGAAACGCUCGCUACCCUAUCGGUGGGGCGAAAACCUUCCAAGUCCACGGGUGGAACUGUUUGCACUGCAAGACUUCAGUCUCCCGCUGGCACGGGUUCCGGAGAAGCAAGCCUCUUCAGAUUCCGAGUCGGAAAACAGCGACAUUCUGACGCCAACGGAUGUGAAAAAAUCCGACAAAGACCUGCGGCUGUAUAUGCCGAAACCAAGGGCCGUCCUGCAGAGGCGACACACGCUGUCCAGCUUCAAGGAUUUGGUGAGCGUGUCCUUCUGGCACGAGCGACAGAGCAGCAAGCAAAUGUCGAACGAUCCGCAGAGCUUGAGGGACAAAUCGGUUUCGUUUGGAUUUGGGUUGGAAAUGGCUCCCAGGCCAACAACUUGCUUGGGAAUGGUCAACGGUGCUGGGAAUGGAGCCGGCGCAAAUGGGCAGGCAAAAUUCAGCAGUUUCGGCGGUUUGAAAGGCUCGCUGCCGGAUAUCGUACCAGCGGACAAAGCUGGAGCGGAUAAAGCGGAUCAGGCGCAAAGUGAUUCCCCUGCGGGCGAAGAGGGAGAAGAGGGUAAACCUGGUGUUUCUAAAGUGGUGCGUUUCGAGUCGAACAUGAAAUUUGAAGAGUGUCAUGUCGACACAAAGUAUACAUGUAAUGUUGACAAUACUGUCCUGGAGACGUUCGAACCUAUUCCGUACGUGGAUGAGGAGGUCCCUGUGCAAUCGGUUAACCAGAGGGUAAAACAGUUCGAGUCUAUUGCCAGUAAAAAUAGUGCCAACAAUUCAAACAUAACGUGCGUUGCGAGCAAUGCUGACCAAGCUAAAACCAGCGACUCUCAAAGUGCCAAGGUAGUAUGUGCUGGAAGCAGCAAUGUGGGUGACAAUAAUGUAAACAACAAUAAGGUCACUAAUAACGGUGAUCCCGUAGUUCGACCCGCAGUAAAACCAAUUCCGAUGCAGAGACAAAUCUCCAGAGAAACCAACAUCACCGAGGCAAUCAAUACGGUGCUAAUCAACCGUGAAAUGGUCAAACGAGGACGUCUGGAUAAAAGUCACAGCACUCCAGCCUAUGACGAUGACAUACCACCUGCCAUCGAGCCUCGGAAAGAGCAUCUGAUGAAGGCUCCUCCGGUGCCUCCGCCACGACCAAAGAAAACCCUCGAGACGAACAUCAAUUUAGUGCCGGAGAAACCGCCGCCUCUUUCGCCUGCAGUCGUCGCUACAAGUGCUACCGCAGCCGAUUUAGGCUUCAUCAGUCCACACCAGGCAUCCACAACCGCUUUGGAGCAUGGCGAAGAAAACAACAAAUCCAAGCUGGCAAAUUUGGUUGAUCUGAAAAAUCGCGACAAUUCCCAUGCGGCAGGAGGCGAGUCAAAUAUCGCACCACUCUCACCCCCACCCAAACCAGCGGAACGAAUUAUGUCGCCACCAAGAAGGAUACCCGCUUCGAAACACUUUCUAGAGGGUCCCAUCGAGACACCGUCGGAGCUUUUCACUCCCAAUAAAACCAAGAGUUUGACGUUGAAGAAAAAGAAUUCACUGCUUUCGAAACGGAGGAAUGUGUCGCUGAAAACACUCUGCGUGAGUGAUAUCCAAGGGCAUCUGUACAGGAGGACCAAAGACCGCAGUGGUCUGGCAUAUUGGGCCAAGUACUAUUUCGUGCUCAUCGAAACAACAUUGUAUGGGUUUAAAUCGAAAGACUCCCAUAAGGCGAACAGUAUGAUUUUCUUGUCCGGAUUUACAAUUUCGUUGGCAAAGGAGGUUCACUCGAAGCCUUUCGCCUUCAAAGUGUACCAUCCGAACAAGACGUUUUAUUUUGCAGCUGAAACCCAGGAAGCCUUGGGACAAUGGAUGGAAUACAUCAAACAAGCGACGCUGAAAGGGAACAGCGCAGCGCCCGGUAGCAGUUCAGCUGAUCACAGCGUGAAGGAAUUGUUUUCCGAAACGGAUAGCUCAGAAGAUGAAUUCAGCCUGAUGGAUAGUCAGACAAAACUUAAUCUGCUGUGCACUCCCUCUCCACAAUUGUCAUCUUCCCUAGGCAGGAGUUCAGAGCAUCACCACCAUUCGUUGCACAUGGACGGGAGUGGCAGUACCCCGACAUCUUCCAAGCAGGAUAGAUACCAUUUAAAUUUUGGAUCGCUGAAAAAGUUCACUAAAAGCAACCCUUUUAGUGGGGAAGGCAACGGUGGAAGUAGCGCGGGAAGCAGUGAGAGUAAGUUUUUUGGAUUUUUCAGCUCUCACAAAAAUGUGGAAAAAUCCAACUCGAGUGAGAUGCCUGUUCCCACGCCGCAGUUCCGAAGCUACCGCAAAGUGCCCGGAAGUGGCGGCGGUUUACAGAUCGGAUCAAAUUCUGUGUCCACGGAAGUCAUACCCCAUGCUGCGUCAUCUCUGACGAUGAAUCGGAACGAGGGUAUGACCGCGAGCAAUCUGUCCCUUGCUUCGACCAGUACUCUCCAACAUCCUCCGACGAUCCACCUGCAACCUCCCGCUACGCCAAACGAGGACAAACUGCAGCCAAUCAUUGUGGAACCUCUGCCGGAACCACCGUCGACGCCUAUCCCCAACGAAACAGCCGAGUUGCUGAAUCGUGCCAAGAAAAAUAAACGCAUUUCACCCCACAACUAUAUACAUGCCUCCAAUCCGAAUUUGGUGGAGUUUGAUUUUCAAACUUCGAAAGCUAUGCUUCAAACUUCGUCCAACUGGGACAGUAAUCCAUCCCAUGGCCACCUGCACUCCAUGAUCACCUUGAAGGAUUUGAUGCUUCAAAAGCAGGCGGAAGAAGCACAGGAUAUGUACAACAAGCGAGUUUGCCUGGGGGUAGAGAAAUUUGAUGAUCGGAGUCUGAAAAAAAAUCUCCUCAAGCCAAGCGAGGCAAAGCCUGAAAUGAUUGUCAGUAACGUACCAGAAUCGGUGAACAAAAUCCAAAAGCGUCGUCUACCGGUGACCCCAGAUUACGCACAGAGUUUCAAGUUGGACGACGAGGAUAUUUUGUACACAAGAAGCAAAGAAGGUCAGAAAUUGAGGGAUUUCGGUUAUGAGCUGAUUUCCGGUGACGACGCGUUUGAUAUGAAGAAUGCUGCCGGUUCAUCAUCCGCCGGGCAUAGUGGCAGUGGUUCUAGUAAUAACCAGGAUAUCAAACGGCAGGAUGGCACUGGUUCGAUCAAAAAGAAAACACGCACAUGGAUCAACUCGGAUCGACGAAACGAGGAAUCAUCCUCAUCCGAUCGCUCGCUAAGAGACAGUUUCAAGAAAUCUAAAAACAAAGCUGUUAUUGCCAAGCUGGACAACAUCAAGGCCAGCAGUGAGAAACUCUUUCAGUUCAAACAUAAUAACAAUAAUGACAGAGAGUCGUUGAAAACGAAGCAAUUAGACAAAACAUCCCCAGCGCUCAAUGUGAACCUAAAGCAAUCAGGGCCACUCGGCAGUCUCAACAAAAACAACAACAAUCCAAACACGCCUCCAUUCGAGCAGCAGACGUCUGUUUUCACAACAACCACAACCACCAGCAGCUUUCUAGCGUCGCAAACACUCAGUCACGCUAUUCCUGGAACAAGUGCCACCAGUGGUGGUAGUGGUCAGGGUAACUUCAUUCCAGGUGGAAUAAAAAAAUCGAACACAUGUAACAGUUCGUCCGAUUUCAAGGAGAACGCCUCGAAAGCGCAAAGCGUGAGGAAAAACUCCGCGCCUGAACGUGGCACAUCGUACUUUACGAAACUAUCUUUCAGUAGCUCGUCUUCGAAAACUGCCAAGGAAAAAAAGCUUCUCGGUUCGCCCGGGCUGCACCGGGCAAUUUUCGGUAAAAAUCAACACCAAGAGCCGACCGUUAUCGACCACGAAGUAUUUUCGCCGAUUUCCUACACAAAGAGUACCUUCUCCGCGGAAAGCACAAUUCAGUCAAACUCAACCCUCACCAGUACAAUCACAAUCGGAAACAUUCAAUCCACCGCAACAACAACAUCGGUACUGACCAGCAACGUUUUGAAUCGAACUUCACCGGACUACCCCAAUAUGGAAUAUCCCCCGGUCUUUGAGCCGGAAACGUACUCGCUGAGCGAUCCCAGCAUGACGCUUCUCAAGCGUCGCCAAAACCAUCAACAGAAAUGACGAAUCAAGGCCAGGCGUAGAUUGGCCACGCUCCGGGAGCAUGAAUGUGGGUGAGUAGCAUAAACCAACAGGCCAACUUUUGAAACACUAGAUGAUGAUGCGAUGUUAUUCUGAUGUUCACUAUUAACGCAAGCACAAGCAACAGAAUACACGAAAACAAUGAUAUUAUAUUCUUAUGGUAGGUUGUACUCGUAUAUACAUAUAAAUAAAAUGUUGAACAUUUCCGAUAAACAUAAAGGUGCUGUAAAAUUGUUUUAUAUUGGUUUGUUUACAAACGAUGAUAUAUAUUUAGAAAAUACAAACACUUAUUUAUAAUUGAAAUGACGCACUAAAACAUCAUAAAGUAUAUUUAGAGAAAAAAAAACAUAUGUAUAUUUAAACCUACAUGAUAUAUCAAUUGUGAUCCCCUAAUAGUUAUCGUAUUUUUAUAUUAAUUCUAUGGAUAAUUGGUUUUCGAUUGAAGAAAAAAAAUACGCGAGAUUUUUUUAUAUUUUCGAAAGAUUACAUUGGCCCACGUUGCGAAUCGUCUAUUUUAGAUAAUCAUUCAAUCUACUUACUUUAAUCGAACUAGAAACCUACUAUUGAAUGUAUCUGCAUGAUAUGUAACUGUACCCGCGCUUUUGAAACAUUCCUAGAGAAAACAGGCUACCCGCGUAAGAGGUCGAACGAUGUUGUGUAGAAGCGAAUGUGUUGUGACGGUUUGCCAGGCUAUUCUACCCUUUAUCACGUGUUAUAAAUGCCGAUAAUUCUCAUAUAGUAGAUAGAUACCGUAAGACGAAUAGUGCCUUAUUAGUGAUUGAGUUACGAAUAAUAAACCAGUUGAGUGUUACAGUUUUUAAAUUGAGAA